AUGCAAGAAUAUCUUUGUAAGUUUUAUCAGAGGAUUUAUAAUAGUGAUACUGUUAGAUCAGUCUAUUUCUCUCCUGAUGGAAAUACAUUAGCUUCUGGUAGUGAUGAUGAGUCUAUCCGUCUAUGGGAUGUCAAAACAGGAUAAUAAAAAGCAAAAUUAUAUGGUCAUAGUGGUUGUAUUAACUCAGUCUGUAUUUCUCCUGAUGGAAAUACAUUAGCUUUUGGUAGUGAUGAUAAGUCUAUUCGUCUUUGGGAUGUCAAAACAGGAUAAUAAAAAGCCAAAUUAGAUGGUCAUGAUGAUGCUAUCAUAUCAGUCUGUUUCUCUCCUGAUGAAAAUACAUUAGCUUCUGGUAGUGAUGAUAAAUCUAUUCGUCUUUGGGAUGUCAAAACAGGAUAAUAAAAAGCCAAAUUAGAUGGUCAUAGUGAUAGAGUCUGGUCAGUCUCAUUCUCUCCUGAUGGAAAUACAUUAGCUUCUGGUAGUGAUGAUAUGUCUAUUCGUCUUUGGGAUGUCAAAACAGGAUAAUAAAAAGCCAAAUUAGAUGGUCAUAGUGAUACUGUUAGAUCAGUCUGUUUCUCUCCUGAUGGAAAUACAUUAGCUUCUGGUAGUGAUGAUGAGUCUAUACGACUAUGGAAUCUUAAGAAUGCAAAAGAAAUUUCAACUAUUGACAAAAAAUAUUACGAUAUUCUUUCUUAAUUAAAAGCAUAACUCUUUUAGAACAAUCUUCUACCAUGUAUUUUUUAAUUUAUUAUUAUUUAGUCUCUAAUUAUUAAAUUCUUGUCAUAACACAAUAAAUAUUAUUGGAAGCAUUAGGUACACUUAUCUUAUAAGGAGAAUUUAUAAACCAUUAAGGAAAAGAUUUGAAACCUUUAUUUAAAUCUAAAGGAAGUUGCUUUUUAGAAGACUUAGAGAAAAAGUGAUU